AUGACGUCGCUGGUGACGGUCCUCGGCGUCGCCGUCCUCCGGAUCACGCAAGUCACCUUUUUCCCAUCGUGCACGAGCUCGGUCGAUAUGACGACUCUUCCGACGUCCAUGUCGCUUGCUGGGUGGCUGCCGCCCAUGACGACGCUUGCGUCCGCCGAGGCACUCUGGACGGCGCAGUCGAGUGCGAGCAGCUUGACGCUACUGAGCGCUAUCAACCAAAGCCUCGUGCUGCAGUCGACGACGCUCGGCCAAAACGCGAGCUACAGCUCGUCCUUUGCCGUGCAGCUCGAGCUCGGGACGCCGGUCGUCCUAGUCGGCUACGUCAACACCAACAUGGGGCCGACAACGUAA